CCUAGCCUUGAACCUUGGUAGUCAAAUUGAAAUGUAAAGCCACUGAACUGGACCGUGCCCACUGCAGCCACCGAAGGAUUUACACACCAGCCUCAUCCAUACCGCCCUUCCCCCGCCUUCCUUCUAAAGUUCGGCGCCAGCAAUUCUGCCCCGUUCCACUACUUUUUCUCGGGCUGCGCCGAGUGAUUUGUUGCAGUGCAGUCUGCUGUGUGACAUUGAAAAGGAAAAGGAAUAUAUCUCCAAUUGAAGAAGAGAGGAAGCAAAAUACGAAAUACAAAAUACAACCAAAAGGAAAGAAAGGAAGUGAAGGGAAAAGGGACAAAAAGAGAAAAAAAAGGUGGUGGUUCCAUAAACACCACAAAUCUAAUCCGAGCAAACCUACCACUCAAUUGCUUGAGCGUCACAUGUACAUGUAUGGUUUAACCGCGUCACCUCUGCGCAGACUUUGUACUCACCCUCACCGCGAACGACGCUCUCUCUCCUCUCACGUCACUCGUUCCUACACACCACCAGCCGCUCGCUUCCACCACCUCCUUAGAAGUGCAAAUACCAUGGCAUCCACCCUCCCCCAAGACCGCCGCCCCGUCGUGAUAUCCGGCCCCUCGGGCGUCGGCAAGGGGACGCUCUUCAAGAAGCUGUUCAGCGCGCACGAGGACUGCUUCGCGCUGUCGGUGUCGCACACGACGCGGCAGCCGCGGGCGGGCGAGGCCCACGGCGUCGACUACUACUACGUGACGGCCGACGCCUUCGAGGCCCUCGCCCAGGCCGACGGCUUCGUCGAGCACGCCAAGUUCGGCUCCAACCGCUACGGCACCUCCAAGCAGACCAUCGCCGACCAGUCCGCUAAAGGUCGCGUUGUUGUUCUGGAUAUUGAGAUGGAGGGCGUCAAGCAAAUGAAGAAAAGCGGCAUAGACGCGCGCUACGUCUUCAUCAAGCCCCCCUCCUUCGCCGAGCUCGAGAAGCGCCUGCGCGGCCGCGGCACCGAGAACGAGGACGCCAUCGUCAAGCGCCUGGCCCAGGCCAAGCUCGAGCUCGAGUACGCCGACACCCCCGGCGUCCACGAUGUCAUCAUCGUUAACGACGACGUUGAGAAAGCUUACAAGGAGCUCGAGGAGUUCAUCUACAAGCCUUUACCGGCGAAGAAAUAAAAAUAAAAUAAAAUAAAAAGGGGAGAGGGAGAGAAAUCAAAUGAAAUCGAAUCAAAAUCAAAUCAGAUCCGGAGCUAAAUUACAUAUACACGUACCUACCUAUAUAUAUCAUGUUGGUUGUUGGUCGUUGGUUGAUUGAUACAUUAAUACCCACAAAUUAGAGGCCGUAUAACUCGAAGGGUUCCAGGAAUACAUAUACAUAGUACAAGACAAGAGACAAAAAAUUCUGGCAUAAUAGAAUCACCGAGUCAUCAAAAGAAGAAGAUAAG